AUGAUGUCACUGUUCGGCAAUGAUAUUUCUCCUGUUGCCAUGGACGUGGAGUUCCAGACGAAAGACCGACUCAGGUUUAAGAUUUAUGAUCCUAACAGCCAACGAUUUGAAGUUCCACUCAAGAUUGAGUCUCCAUCCACUGCUGCUGCUGACACCAGCUAUGACAUCGAGUUUAUAAAUCAUCCCUCCUUUCAGUUUAAAAUCAUAAGGAAAAGCACAGGAACAGUGCUGUGGGACACAUCACUUGGAGAUUUAAUUUUUUCCAAACAGUAUCUGCAGAUUACCACCACUGUGCCAUCCACCUCUGUUUAUGGAUUUGGUGAACAUGAACAUCCAUCCUUUAAGCACAAUAUGAAUUUUGUUAAUUAUGGGAUGUUUUCCAGAGACCAGCCACCAACGACAUUUGCCAAUCUUUAUGGAGUUCAUCCUUUUUAUAUGUGCAUAGAGAGUGACUCAAAUACUCAUGGUAUCCUCUUACUGAACUCCAAUGCACAAGAUAUUACUCUGAGUCCAAAUCCAUCCUUAACCUUCCGCACCAUCGGAGGGAUCCUCGACUUCUAUGUAUUUCUUGGCCCAACUCCUGAAAACGUAGUACAGCAAUACACAGAGGCCAUUGGACGCCCACAUUUUCCUUCCUAUUGGUCGCUGGGAUUUCAGCUGUCCCGUUAUGGGUAUGGCAGCCUCGAUGUGGUAAAGAAAACAGUUGAUCGCAUGCGGCAGUAUGGUAUUCCAUAUUUACAUAGUGGUCAAUCUGGAGUAUCUGUGAUGAACUCAGUGGAGCUAUACAUUGGAUUUACUGCGGAGAACGUUAGAGCAGAAUAG